AUGAAAGCGGCCGUUUUCAAACAGCCAUACCUUGUCGAGACCAUUGAUAAGCCAAUUCCUCAUAUUACCUCCCCCACAGAUGCUGUCGUGAAAGUGAAAUAUUCUGCUCUUUGUGGAUCUGAUCUCCACUAUUAUCGAGGCCAUAUCCCACUGAAGGAUGGUGUUACUAUGGGCCACGAGUUUAUUGCCACUGUUGUGGAGAAGGGCGACGCAAUUGACGACCUGUUCUUUGCUGUGGGUGAUGACGUGAUUUCGUGCUUCACGAUCCAGUGUGGAGAAUGCUGGUACUGUCAGAACGGUUACUCAGGUACAUGCGAUAAGACCAACACUUUUGGUAAGAUUGGUUUGGAUGGCGGUCAAGCCGAGUAUGUGCUCGUUCCGUACGCAAAGUCGACUUUGCAUAAGAAACCACAGGCCAAUGCUGGAGUCGACGACUCGAUCUACGUGCUUAUGGCUGAUAUCUUUGUUACAGGCUACUUUGGAGUGAAGAAGGUUAUGGACCAUCUUUCAAAUUUUAAGACAAAGGAUAUCACCAUUCUCCAGAUUGGUGCUGGCCCAGUGGGUCUUUGUUCAGUACGAAUCUUGAAACAUUUUGGGUUCAAGUACGUUGUUGUCGUGGAUGGUAUUCCGGAACGGUUGGAACAUGCUAAGAGACUUGGCGCACACGAUACGGUAAACUUCAAGACCGAGACAGAUAAGUUACAGGAAAUCAUCAAAACGAACACUGGUGGUUUAGGUUUUGAUGCGAUCUUGGAGAUUGUUGGUGCCCAGCUGUCCAUGAAAUCAGCUUUUGACUGUGUCAGAAGAGGUGGCUUCAUCAGCUCGGUUGGUAUGGGCCAUGAACCACUUCCAUUCAACGGUUUGGAAGCGUACGCAAAGUGUGUGACAGUUAGUUUUGGAAGAUGCAAUGCCUGGUCAUUGUUUGGAGAAUCAUUGGAUGUAUUUGAGAAGGUAAAGGAGGAUUUUGGAGAUUUUAUUGAUGCAAAGCCAUCGAUAGACGAGGCAAAGGAGUAUUACGAGAGGUUUGAACGCGGUGAGGUAGGAAAGGUUGUGUUUACAUUUUGA